GAUCAGUGUAAAAAUAAACGCCUCAACGCAGACGGCAGUUCGUGCUUAGCCUUGGACACAUACACUUGCCUGUUUGCAGUGUUGAGAUCAAAUCAGUGAUAAAUUUUAAAACGUAAAUUUUACGAUGUGCUAUAAAAUCAUAGGCAGAACUUCAAGAAUAGAUCCAAUUAAUUAAAUACGAAUAAUUAUUUCCACAACUUAUAAUUUCAAUAAAAAUUAAUUUCAAAGUGUCUUUAAAAAUCAGUGGGACGACCAAUCCAAACUAUUAAAGCUUUGUAUUAGUUGCUGACAUUGAAAAUAUUAUUAUAUAGAUAAGUUUCACAGUGUUUGAGUUUUACAAUGUUUCUCUGAGUUUUGCUUGUUCUCUUACAAAAACGCUACCAAAAAAGUAACCACGCAAGGUCAAACAAUUUUAGUCGACACUUCGUUCAAUGAUUGAGUCCCUACUAUUUCUUGUGUAUUCAGUAUUAUUGUUGAAAUAUACAAUAAAGUAGUAAAUUAGUAGUCUAAAUUGUUAUUAAAGUGGAAUUUUUUAAUAUUAUUAUUACUACAGUAAAACAAUAAAUGAAAUUUAUUUAAAAUUUUUGAUCACAAUUUUAUCAUUUCAAGUUCCAAUGUUUUGUUCUUUUUUAGCUACUUCCCUACUUAUUUUUUUUUCUAUUUGGUGAUACGUUAAAGUGUCCCAAGUAUUAUCUGCUAUAGUAACGGUAGUUAUAAACUCACUUAGACGUAAAUGAUAUGACCUUAACAAUAUAUGCGGUAGUUGAUUUUAUAUCAUUGGAAGUGAAAUUUACUGUAUGAGUGUUACAGAAAUUGACAUUAAAAAGAUUGCGAACUGUCGGCAUCAAAAUGGUUGACUACACUUUCGAAGGUGAAGUAAACGCACUUAGUGAGAAACAACAAGAAUUUGUUAAGAAUGUUUUGGAAGAACUGGGUGUUAAAAAAGGGAAAGUGGUAAUAGAGGCUGUUGGCAAACCAGGUGACAACUAUGUUGCCAACGUGAAAAAACUUGUCGUCGAGAAAGAUGGCAAAAUAUUUAAAAUUAUUGCCAAAAUAGCUCCUACUCAGGAAAUACCUCGACAAACUAUGAAUACAGCAAUUUGUUUUUCCAAUGAGAAUAUGAUGUACUCUGAAGUACUACCAAAAUUUACUCAAUUGGAAAAGGAUGCUAACAUUGCAGUCGAAGAAAGACUCAAAUAUGCCAAAUUAUACGGAAGUUAUUUGGAAGCACCACAUGAAAUCAUUCUCCUAGAAGACUUAACAUUAUCAGAUUUCGUCAUGCUUGACAGAUUGACUUCACUGAAAGAUGACAGUAUUAAGCUUGUUCUUAAAAACUUUGCAAAAUUACAUGCCUCAUCGUACGCCUUAAAGAAUUUAGAACCCGAAACGUUUGAAAUCUUUGCUAAAAAGCUAAUUAACAUAUGGGAACUAAUGGGUAAUGUCCCGGAAAUGGACAAAUUUAUGAAAGGCUUUAGUACAGAUAUAAUAAAUGCAGUGGAUGACGAGAAAUAUAUCGAUAUAAUUGAUCAAGUAAUGAGCGACUUGAUGAAAGAAGUAUCGGCUUUGUCGAAAAUUGAUAAAGGCAAAAGCUAUUCAGUUAUCCAACAAGGCGAUCCUUGGACGAACAAUAUUUUAUUCAAAUUGGAGGGUGAUAAAUCGAUUGAUUGCUGUUUGAUCGACUACCAAAUAUCGAAAGAAAGCAGUCCAGUAGCAGAUCUUACGUACAUGAUCUUCAACUGCACCGACUUCGAUACACGUUCCAAGCACUUUCAUGAUUGGAUAAAUUAUUAUCAUUCCGAGUUAGAACGAUAUUUGAAUUACUAUGGUCUCAAGACAGAAUCAACAUAUCCUAGAAAUCAACUCGAUGAAGACUUUAAAAGAUAUUCAAAAUUUAGUCUCGGACAGUCAAUUAUGAUGGCAUCGAUGUUAAUAAGAGAAAGUAAAGACGCAGGUAAAUUUAAAGAAGCAAUGGAUGAUAACAAACCAAUGGAGGAAAUCAUGGAAUCUACCAAAAUGACUUUGUUGGACGAGGCUACUCUGAAAAGGUUUAGCAACAGAGUUAUUGGUUUGAUUGAUACUUUUUUUAAGCUUGGAUAUUUAAAAGAAUAA